AUGUUUGUUUCAGUCAGUUUUAUGUGACAUAUUCCCUUCUGAAAUGAAACGAACAUGGGUAACCAUGUUUGUUUCAGUCAGAUUUGUUUCCCUUAUUCACUUGUGAACUAAAACAAACAUGGUUUCCCAUGUUUGUUUCAGUGAACAUAAUGUUUAAAAUUUCCUAUUAUUUGCAUAGGAACACUGAGGGGGAAAUUAUUCUCACCUAAUCGGACGAUGGAAACUUCAGUAGCAUGUGCUUCAACGAGAAUUGAUUGUUGCCAUUACUACCAACCGCAAAGAAUAUCGCAUUCGAUAGAACAAAAUCGCAUCAGCCUUGUGGUGGUACUAUUUUUCUCGUUUGGUUGAGAUGGUGGACACCAUCUAUUUAGUGAUGCGAAAAAAUGGCAGCAAUUGACUUUUCUCCACGUUUAUCAUCACUCGACUAUGUUCAUGCUCUGGCGGAUAGGAGUGAAAUGGGUUCCCGGUGGCUCAGCUUUUUUUGCUGCAAUGGUCAACAGCUUCAUACAUGUUGCCAUGUACCUGUACUAUGCUCUGGCUGCUUGCGAUCCAAAAGUCCAAAAGUAUCUCUGUUGGAAAAAGUACCUCACUAUUCUUCAGAUGGCACAGUUUGUCUCAGCUGUGGUUCUUGGUUUAAGAGCCUUGGUCUAUGGCUGUGACUUUCCCCUUUGGAUGCAGUAUGCACGAGUGGUCUACAUGUCUUCUUUUCUCUUCCUGUUUGGCCAAUACUACAGGAAUGCUUACCUUCAAAAGAAACAGAAGAAAAACAGAUAGAAAAGUCAUCAGAGGCUCAUUCUUUCAACGACUCUGUCAAUCACUUAAAACAACACUAAUAGGGUCUCUCCAGGUUUAUUAAUACUCUUUGUGUACGUUUGAAUCUCCUUCUUAUAGAAAUAAAUGAUCAA